GAGACCCGUGCUCUGGAGAAGACUUACGAGGCCAAAUACCAGCCUCUCUUCUCGGAAAGGUCUAAGGUCAUCGCCGAGGGUGGCGUUCCCGAGUUCUGGCUCACUGUGUUGAAGAACACUGCCAAUUUUGGGCCUGAGAUUGACGAUCAUGAUAAGGAGGCUUUACAGUAUUUGGUUGACAUACAGGCUGAGGAGAUCCCUGGUGAGAAGGAAGAGGAUUUGAUCGCCGGAUUGAAGAUUACUUUCGUGUUCAACGAGAACCCUUUUUUCGAGAACAAGUCCUUGUCGAAGACCUACCACUUCAGCGAGGUUAAUGAUAUGCUCCGUCAUGAGAUCAAGUGCAUUGAUAGCGACACUGUGGCAUGGAAGGCUGGGAAGGAUCUCACUCUGAAGUCUGUCGUGAAGAAGAACAAGAAGACUGGAGCUACUAAGACCGUGCAGAAGGAGAGAGAAUCUUUCUUUAGGUUCUUCACCCCUCUCGGACCCGAUCAUCCCAUCCCUGAGAUCUUCCUGGACCUGGAUUCGGAUUCAGAGUCAGACGAUGAUGAAGCUGAGGAGCGUCUUCAGUUCUUCAUGAGCGCUGAUUUCGAGAAGGCUGACGAUCUGAGGGAGAACAUCAUUCCUCGCGCUUUCAAAUACUUUACUGGUGAGGCUGCCGACUAUGAUUCCGAUGAGGACGAUUCCGAGAGUGACUGCGAGGGUGAAUGCGAUGAUGACUCUAAGGAGGCCGAUGAGGAGGCUGCUCAGAAGCAUGAGUAAACACUUUCCCUCUAUACGAAGGUUUUCCGAUGGAAGCAAAAGUGUCUCAUACUGGCUGUUUUCUUUACUUUUAUCGCUGUAUCGUCACUGAACCAUAGAUAGCUCUCAGAACAGCUGUGGCAUUGCAUUGAUCGAGCGUGAGGUGUAGUAUAUCUUGGGCGGUUGAUCAAGUGAGGAA